CAGUCGUUGAACGCAUCGCACGCUUCCCCCCCUGCCAAGCCGCGCCUGCUUCCCUCUCGGUGGGACCGGGGGCUGGACCGAACCACGGACCUACGACAGCCCUUCAGUCAAGAAGAAAAAAAAAAAAACUACACCAUGUGAAGAAAAGGUGUGAGUAUAAAAAGAGACACGGAGAGAGCGAAGAAGAAGAAGAAGAAGCAGCUGCAGCAGCGAAGGUGAGAGCGUUUUCACCCGUCUCACCAACACCGACGCCGGGUUAGCACUGUUUUCAGGACUCGGCAGAGAGCGAAUGGACAGAGCCGGAGGGAAACAGAAGACACACAGCAACGGUUGCAGACACGUAUACCAUGCCGACAAGCGAUGGCCCUAGUCACUUCCCUGUCUUUGUGGCUCCGCCCCACGGACACCACCAGAGGUCGCCAGGCUAUGUCCCUGGGCGUGUGGCUCCUGUCCGCUCGCCGCCACCCGCCAAAGCUCCACCGCCUCCACCACUAAAACCUCGUUGCCCACCACCGGAGCGACAACCCACUUUCAACCUGUCGGAGGAAAACCAGCGCAGGGAACGUGCUCGGAGCCUCCAGCAGAGGAAGAACACGCUGAUCUGCUUUGGGGUGUCCAUGGGUGCAUUCCUCCUCACACUUAUCCUCGUCCUCAGCCUCACAAGUGGAGAUGUGAUCGAUGAAAACUGUCCGGACCACAAUCCAUCCCUCAGCAGCUGGAACCCAGGUCUUCAACCAGAAAAGGCUGUUGUUGUCAGGAGUGGACAUUUGUUCAGACUGGAGUCCUCUGCUACGUUCUUUUCACUAACCAUUCAGUCAGGAGGUCAAGUAGUUUUUGCAGACAAUGCUGACGGCUCCAAAAACAUAACAUUGAGAACCCACCACAUCCUCAUAGAAGAUGGUGGAGCCCUUCACAUCGGCGCUCCCAAAUGUCGUUACCGUUCACAUGCCACUAUAGCCCUUUUGGGCCGUUCUGACAACAAGGAAGUCCCGGAGGUCCCCGGUCUGGGACGCAAGUUCAUUGGGGUUCAGGGUGGCGGUACACUGGAGCUACAUGGUACCGAGAGAGUCUCGUGGUCUCUGCUGACCCAAAGCAUCCCUGCCACUGGGCUGGCCUCAGGAGGUUACUCCUUCCAGCGGAACUUCAGCCGAGGCAUCAACCUGCGCGUGGUGGACCAGGACACUGCGGCUGUGCUGUUUUCCGAACGCUACGACACACACGAUUCCCGUAAUGACAGUCGCCAGCUGUCUCAGCUGCUUCGGUCGCUGCCGCCCGGCCGCAUCGUCACUCUGGCUGUCGGCGACUCUGCCGCCAAAUCUCUGCUCGAUGAAACCAAGAGGACCAUUGAAGAGAAGCUCGGCAGCAGCUUUGUCCACGAUCUCAAAUACAGACAGGCCUGGGCUUUGGUGUCGGUGGUAGACGGUGGUAACGCGUCGUGCACAGAGGACGUCCGGGAGCAUGAAAACCACGACACGGGAGGAAGAGCACUGGCCAUGCGCAACUUCACCACCGUGGACGGAGUAGGAUUCUCUGUGACUGCUUACAGUGAAUGGAAAACUGGUUUUGCCAUCUCCGGCUUCCAGGUUGACGCGGUGGACCAGGUGGUUCUAAACCUGCAGGACGAAGUGCAGCAGACCUGGAAACCCGGGGAUCACGUUGUAGUUGCCAGCACAGAUUACUCCAUGCAUCAGGCUGAAGAGUUCACCCUGCUGCCUUGUCGUCGGUGCACCAGCAGGCAGGUCAGGAUACAAGGGAAGCCUCAGUACGGUCAUGUUGGAGAGAUCCUCGAUGGAGUGGACAUGCGUGCCGAAGUGGCUCUGCUCUCCAGAAACAUUCUCAUCUACGGAGAAAUGGAGAACUCCUGCUAUGGAAACAACAUGUGUCAGUUCUACAACCACGACACCUACGGAGGCCACAUCAAGAUCUAUGCUAACUUCUCGUCGGUGCAUCUGUCCCACGUGGAGCUGAAGAACAUGGGUCAGCAGGGAGAGAAAGGACGCUACCCUCUCAACUUUUACAUGUGCGGGGAUGUCGACCAGAGGGGAGGCUACCGGGAACCCACCUAUGUGGACGGACUCUCCAUACACCACUCCUUCUCCCGCUGUGUCACCAUCCACGCCACCAAUGGUUUGCUGGUGAAAAACACAGUCGGUUACGACACCCUGGGUCACUGUUUUUUCCUCAAAGAUGGGAUCGAGCAGCGCAACACUUUCUUCCACAACCUCGGCCUGCUGACGCGACCUGGAACUCAGUUGCCCACCGACCGCAACGACACUCUCUGCACCAGCAUCAAGGACAACGUCUACAAGGGCUACACGCCUUCACCCAGCACAGAGUGCAAGGCAGUGUCAACAUUCUGGAUCGCCAACCCCAACAACAACCUCAUCAGUAACGCAGCUGCUGGUUCUCAGGACGCUGGCAUAUGGUUUGUGUUCCACAGCGCGUCCACUGGAGACUCGCAUGGGCUGGUACCGGAGACCAAGGCAGAGCUCACUCCACUGGGGAUUUUCUACAACAACCGUGUUCACUCCAACUUUAAGGCAGGGCUGUUCAUUGAUAAAGGAGUGAAGACCACGAAGGCCAGUGCUGCCGACCCUCGGGAAUAUCUGUGUCUAGACAACAGUGCCAGGUUCAGACCACACCAGAACGCUGAUCCCGGCCGUCCUCGGGUGGCAGCCGUCAUCGACACGCUCAUCUCCUUCAAGAACAACGACCUGGGAGCGUGGAUUCGUGGUGGUGACAUCAUCAUCCAGAACUCUGGAUUUGCAGACAAUGGAGUGGGAUUAUCCUUUGCCAGUGAUGGCAGCUACCCUAAGGAUGAAGGCUCAAGCCAAGAGGUGAAACAGUCCCUGUUUGUGGGCGAAAGCCAGAACAGAGGGACAAAUGGAGGACAAAAUAAAUACUGGGGACCAGGAGGAGCUGAUGCAAAGAUGAGGACGCUGCCCAGAAACAGGACGUUCCCGAUCCGAGGUUUCCAGAUCUACGACGGUCCGGUGCGGCUCACGCAGAGCACAUUCCGUGGAUUCAUCCCCACGCCGGAGCGUUACACCAACGCUGUGGGAUUUAAUCUGAAGAACACCUGGCAGCUCACACCGCGAAACAACUUGUCCCGGAUCAGCUUCCACUCCACUGUGGGUCUGCGGGCGUUUUUUGGUCGCCCCGGUCAGUGGUUUGAAGAAAACGACCUGGACGGAGACAAAAACUCCAUCUUCCACGACGUGGACGGGUCAGUCACGGGCUACAAAGACACCUACGUCGGCAGAGCAGACAAUUACCUGAUCCAACAUCCUGCCUGUGUGCUCAUGUCCCAGUGGAGUGGAGUGAUCUGCAGCGGCCGCUAUUCUCAGGUGUAUGUCCAGACGCAGGGAGCCCCCAGUCUCACUCUGUUCAUCAGCAGAGACGAAUAUCCGAGCGCUCCGCUGGUGCUGAGGGGGACUAACAGCCAGGGGGCGCCGUCUCAGCAGUACCAGCCUGUCCUGAUGAUGAGUAAGAGCUACACUCUGCACUGGAGCGGACCUGCACCCAGGGAGGUCGUCCUGUCGCUCAUCAACUUUGAUAAAGAUGGCUGGGUGCUGGUCGGCCUCUGUUACCCUUCAGAAACCACGUUCCAGAUCAUGGCCGACAUCAACGACAGGCAGAGCAACACCUUCAUCGACCUCACAGACUACGGCACCGUGUCGUCGUUAGCGGAGUUGGAGAAAAAGCCGAUGGAGAGGAAGUACUUCUUUGAUCAACCGGUCGGCUUGCUGUGGCUCUACCUGCGGGCCCGACACGGCCGUGAAGGCCACAGCUACUGCUCAGUGAAAGGCUGUGAACGAGUGAAGAUCAUGGCGACCACAUCCUCCAAACAGACGUGUAACUGUACGGCCAAAGCUUACCCCAAAUACUCCAAGAGUCCUUCAGCGGCAGUGCCGAUGCCUGCACUGAACACGCAGCCCUGCAAAGACUGUGGUGCUAAACAGCUUGUGUUUUCCAGUGAACCGUGGACCGUCUACCUCCAAACACAAAUCAAGUCUCUGAGCAGCAACGAGCAGCAGAGAGGAGAUAACACCUCCUCCAUCACUGUAAACGAGGUGACCAUGCUCUUCUCUCAGCCUGGAUAUUUCCUGGUCACGGUGGACGCCUGCUCCGGAAAAGUCACCAAGAAAACCUCAUUUUCCAAAAUGGAUGCCAAAAUGGAACAAUACCUAAAAACAGGAAUACCAAAGAGGUCAAUGUUGCUCAUGGCGACACGAGGUCAGCCCAAAGACCUGGUCAAAGUCGCACCGUACCUGGUCUCCUUUGGUGCGGCCAAAGCUGCCAGUCUGCAAACUAAAGAGGGUCUGGCUUUCUGGGGGUUCCCGGGUGGUUCUUCACCUCCUUCGUGGGUUACACUGCGCACCGGGCAGGGGGACGAGGUCCUGGGGCGACAGGAGCGUUACUUACCGCUGGGGUUGGAGUCGUACGGCUGCACGGCGCCGCCGCCGGCAGCUCUGCCGCGCAGCGACCUGGAGCUGCUGAAAAAAGCCACGGGACAACAAUGACCAAUGUGAAAUGAUACAAAGAAACCCUUACAUACAAAAAACAGAAACACUCUUGCACACGGAUACACAAACACACACAACCAGCUGAUGAAUGUGAACUGCUGAACCUUUAAUUUAUUAACAAUAGCAAAGAUGUUUACCGAUUUCAAGUGAGAGGAGGAGGAGGAGGAGGGCCAGUGUGUGUGUGUGUGUUUUUAUGAACAGGGGGAGUGUUUUUGUGAGUUUUGUUUGUGUGCGUGUGUGUGUGCGCGUGCGUGCGUGUGUAAGUGUGCCUUGGGGCCGCUGAGUCAAUGCACUUUCCUUUUUUUUUAAUUUUAAAGACACAACUUGCCUUAUCAGCCAAAGUGAUCAAACAGAGCUGUACAAUGCUGUAACUCAGUUGUUUAUCUUCGAAAAAAACAAAAUACGUUUUAACAUCAGCCUGACCAAGUUUUUGUAAAUAUAGAGCGGAAAAAAAUUAUAAUUAUACUCUAUAAUCAGUCAAAAACAAGUAGGAAAUCAUCACACCAAACCUGAAAUGAGACCAUGUUUCAUCAGAAACUGAAAAUGAACACAUCAGAUUUAAUGUGCGGAGGUCAAACGGAAGCAAUGAAAGCAAAAUGUCACAGCAAUCUGAGAGUGAAACGACAAACAUAAAAGUCAUAACGAGACAUGGAAGUUUCUCCCUCAAGUUAUUACCGUUUUUUCCACUUUGAUUUGAGGAAAAUGACUGAACUUUUCGCGUGAUUGCAAUUUGAUAUCAUUUAUUUGGGACGAGCCUCGGAUCAAAAUUCACAAAAAAAACAUGACUCCGCUUUAGAUAUAAUGACUCCACUCCAGUGAAAGGAUGACAAAUUAACAGCGAUGAGGACUCGAGAGUCACUGUUUUGAUGACUCGUGACUUGACUUGAAAGUUUAGAACUCGGGACUUGACUUGAGAUGUCAUGACUUCAUUUUUCUGUUUCCUGUUUAGAGAUUAAAUACAAAUAUAAGUAUCUAAUAUUACCCACACGUGCUGGGAACCACUGGAUGAUGACUGCCCUGUCAAUCAGUCAAAUUUAGAGACACACCCACACGUAUCAGACCAGCGUCGUCACUUUCAGCUUCUAAAAUGACAAAUUUAGAGAGAUCAGACUUUUGUUUGAUUGGCUGUCAGUGUUUAAAAGUGACGGGAGGAAGUCCUUUCUUUUUGAUUGAGAAUAUAAAUAAGCUUUUAUGAAGCUUUUUUGGGUCUCAUGUAUUUUUACUGGAUAUUAAUGACACAGCAAAUCCAAUGUACAGGGGCAGAAAAUCUCAUUAUUUGACAGGUCAUUUUCUUGUCUUUUCCAGAUACUGCUGAUAUAAGGUGACUUGACUUGACUUGAUGGUUAAAGACUUUAUUUUCACUUCUCAGCAGAGUCGAAUGAUUCGAGGGAAAUAAAAAUCACUGUCAAUGCAUUUAAAACGAGACUCGGCACACAUAAAACACACAUUGAAAUAAUUCCUAUACUCCAAUGAAAGGAUGACAGAUUAAGACAUUAACCUUGGCCAAAAUGUAUGUAUUCCAUUUUAUUUUUAGACUAUAGAGCAAUCAAAAACACAUUUAAACAGCAGCCGUCGUGAUUCUCUAAUUAUGUUUUUAAUCGUUCAGCCCUGAUUCUUUGCUGAUGUCUGUUAACGACUGAAUCUGGAAAACUGGAAAAACCUCUGAUCAUCGUGCAGCUGUGCAACUAAAGACUAAAAGCACCUUUUUUUUUCUUUUUCUUUUUUUUUUUAAUGGAUUUUUACUGGAUUUAAAAACAAACAAACAAAGAAAGACAGAAAGAGGGAACUCGUAUCUUUUAUUUAUCUCUCGGCAGCGAUGGUGUCAACAGUGCUGGCCACAUGUGCAGCACAAACAAAUAUUAAAACGUUGCUUUUCUUUCUUUCUUUUAUUAUUAUUAUUAUUAGUAGUAUUAUUAUUAUUAUAAUAAUUAUUAUUUCUGUCUAAACCAGGAUUAUUGAAUGUGUUUUAUCUUUUUUAACUGCCUCAUAUCUUCAUGUGCAUUUUUGCCAAAAAACAACUGUGUUUAUAUAUAUAUAAAGUAUAUACAUACAAACAUAGCAGGGUCUGCUCUUCAGAGAGAGAGUGAACAUCAGAAUACACACAACAUAUUCCAGCUGUGAGGUCUAAGGCUUUAUGUUGAGAUUAACAGUUUAUAAUCUUAGUCUAAGGUGUUUGGAUGUGAGCAGGGCUCCCCCACUGAGCGGUGAUACGUACCUGUGUGUGACUAAGAGUGCGUGUUUGUGUGUGUGUGUGUGUGUGUGUGUGUACGGUGGCCUGGAAGUGCAAACUAUUAUUACAAAAGUAAAAAAUGUGUAUGUAUAUAUAAAAAAAAAAAAAAGUACAAUAAUUUACAUAAAAUACAUUUCAAGGAGAAUUUGCUGAUAAUUAUUAUGGGAUGGGAAAAUCAAUGUUGCUGCCAAUCAUUGACCCAUCUCAGGGCCUAAUUAUUAUAUUAACCAAAUACAUACACUAAUAAAUGUAUUUUAUGGGAGUUGUGAAAACAUACUGGUCUUUAAAGGGUUAAAAUCCCCAAAAAUAAAAUUAACAUUUGAUAUGUGUAUUUCAGGCGGAAGUAGUUUUUAAAAGUUGAAAGAAAUAUAAUGUUUUUACAGCUGCGACCAGGAACAAAUAAGUAAGUUCUUGCGUAGCUUAGCCAUUUUCGGCUAAUUUAAGGAACUGAGACACAUUCAUUCAACACAGCCAAAAAUGGCUUAACCAUAAAAAACAGAAUGGCAGGAAAUGUCCCAAACAUUUGUUUUAUUUUAUAAAAUGAAAGAAAGACUCUUAUUUUGAAAGCCAGGUUGAAAGAAAGUGGUGCUAUAUAAAAUAAGAUUAGAUCUUUUUUCAUAAAAGAAUUGUGGCUUUUGUUUGGUUAGUAAAAGUGUUUCAUGUUUUAAGUAGUUGUUUUCAAAGAUGUAAGUUUGGUGUAAAAAUGUUUUUUUACACUUCCAGGCCACCGUAUGUGUGCUUGUGUGUGACUUAUGGACAUGUGACCUUGUUGCCUUUUUUAACCACUCUACUGUUUUAAAGAAAUAAAAAAAGGAAGGAAAGAACGAGAGAAAAAGCCGUUUCCACCCCUUUUAUCUUCUUCGUUCUAUCGAUGCUUUAACGAUGCACAACCAGAGAAAUAUUCAAUUGUUUUGUUUGUUUUGUUUUUAGCUUUUUUUAUUAGAAGUGAACUUUGUAAAUAAUGUGUUGUUUGACGUUUAACUGUUGUUGGCGAUGGUGUGUGGACUGUGAUUGUUUCCUGUUGUUGUCGUCUUUUCCGAAAUUCAAGUCCUUCCUUUCUUUUCAACGUUGAAACUCGUGCAUUUGUUAUAAAGUUGCCAGUUUAAUAAACACGUAUGCUUUGUGAUAAAAGUCC